AUAAGCGGAACCUGCAUGCCUCUUCUCAACAACCGUCACGGCGUUAAUUACAACAGAAACCGGCAUGUAUGUUCUGCUUUCUUCCUCCGCCACCGCCACCACUCUCACAGAACCAACCUCCUGCAAGAAGAAGAGCACGAGGAGGCGGAGAAAUAACCUCCUUCGCAGCCAAAACCCGCGCCAACGACAUGAAACCACCAUCACCAGCCGCAGAUCACCGCCACCCACUCCCCUCCUCCUCUCCCUCCCUGCAGCUCCCACCACCCUCACCCGAGCCGAAGCCCUCGACCGCGUCCUCGACGACCUCGAGACCGCCCUCGCCCGCGGCGUCCCUCUCGACCCCUCCCUCUUCUCCUCCCUCCUCGAGACAUGCGCCCAAAUGCGCUCCCUCCGCCACGGCGCGCGCCUCCGCCUCCUCAUCCCCGGCGCCCUCCUCCGCCGCAGUGCCGCCCUCUCCUCCAAGCUCCUCCGUCUGUACGCCGCUUGCGGCCAAGUAGAAGAAGCACACCGCAUCUUCGAUGAAAUGCCGCAACGAAGCAAGACCGACGCGUUUCCUUGGAACUCGCUUAUUUCGGGGUACACCGAGCUGGGCCUCCACGAGGAUGCCAUGGCUCUAUACUAUCAGAUGGAGGAAGAUGGCGUUGAGGCCGACGAGUACACCUUCCCCCGGGUUUUGAAGGCGUGCGCUGGAAUCCGGUCAGUUCGCCACGGCGAGGCCGUCCACCGCCAUGCAGUUCGCUCCGGAUUCGGCAGUGACGUCUUCGUGCUCAACGCUCUCGUCGACAUGUACUCCAAGUGCGGCGACAUCCUGAAAGCGCGCAAGGCGUUCGACAAUAUAACCAAGCGGGAUGCGGUGUCCUGGAAUUCGAUGCUUAUGGGUUACAUCCGGCAUGGGCUUCUGCCGGAGGCGCUGAAACUUUUCAGAGGAAUGGUUCGAGCUGAGAUCGAACCUGACCCCAUUACCAUCUCGGGUAUGUUAUCAGGGCUCACCGGCACGAAGAAGCUCGGGCUUCAGAUUCAUGGCUGGGUCAUCCGCCGGGGGCUCGAGUGGGAUCUAUCGGUCACGAACUCUCUGAUCACAAUGUACUCGGAGCAGAACAGACCGGACCUGGCGCGGUUGAUCUUCGAGUCGAUGCCGGAGAGGGAUUUGGUCUCAUGGAACGCCAUCAUCAGCGCGCACCGCAGGGACCAUCGCGUGCUCGCUAUGUUUCGGCAGAUGGAGGAGGACUCGGGGGUGCUACCGGACCGAGUCACGUUCGUAUCGUUGCUGUCGGCGUGCGGGAACCUGGGACUGGUAGAGGAGGGGAAAAGGUUGUUCGCCGAGAUGGAGCAGAGGUACAAGAUGAAGCCCGGGAUGGAGCACUACGGGUGCAUGGUGAACUUGUUGGGGAGAGCGGGGUACAUUGAUGAAGCUUACGAGCUCAUAUCGAAGCGGAUGCCAUUCGAUGGAGGGCCGACGGUAUGGGGGGCGCUGCUCUUUGCCUGUUCAUUGCACGGAGAAGUCAGCACAGCCGAGGUUGCAGCGGAGCGAUUGUUUGAGCUGGAGCCCGACAACGAGCACAACUUCGAGCUUUUGAUGAUGAUUUACCAGGACGCCGGAAGGAGGGAGGACGUAGACAGAGUGAGAAGAAUGAUGGAGGAGAGGGGACUGGAAUCAUCAGAAUCUUCAUUGUCGCUCAAGUAAGUAUUUGUUGUUGUGUUCACUUGCUGUGAAACAUAUAAACUUCGACCUGCCAUGCAUUACCAAAUCAGUUAUAAUUUUUAGUCACCUAA